UUCAUCUGUGUCCAUCACACACCUGUUUCUGCUGCCUCCGAUGAAGGAUUGCUACGGAUUUGUCUUCCUUGCCGGUGUGUGCGGCAAUCGUAGAAUGACCACCCCAGAAUAUGACUAUUACGAACUGACCUCUGAUUACACUUCGGAGCACACAUCUGACUACUCCAAUAUUCCCAUCAAGUGUGAAGUUGAGGACCCCCAGAGCUUUGGCAGGGUCUUCCAGCCCUGCAUCCUGGCUGUCGUCUUUGUCCUUGGAAUGGUGGGCAACAUCUUGGUCCUGAUCACCUACACCGUCUACCGGAGAUUAAAAUCCAUGACCGACGUCUUCCUCUUAAACCUGGCUCUGGCUGACCUGCUCCUGCUCCUCACACUUCCGUUCCGAUCGGCAGACGCGAUCCACGGCUGGCUCUUCGGAGACUGGCUGUGCAAGGCGGUGCGCACCCUUUACAGCGUCAACUACUACAGUGGCUUCCUGUUCCUCACCUGCAUCAGCGUUGACAGGUAUAUCGCAAUCGUCCUGGCCACCGUCGCUCACAAACUCAGAUCGCAGACGAUUUUCUACAGCAAGGUCAGCUCAGCCCUGGUGUGGUUGGUUUCCAUAGCCAUGAGUGUGCCGGAAAUGGUUUGGAGCAAAGUGGUGAAGAUAGAUGACCUGCACUGUGAGAUGAUCCUGGACGUGGAAGACAAGCUCGUAAAAGCCGCCACCCAGUUCGCGCAGGUGACGGUUGGGUUCUGGCUCCCAUUUGGCGUCAUGCUCUUCUGCUAUUCCGUCAUCGCCAGGACCCUGUUAAAAGGAAGGACCUUCCAAAAGCACAAGGCCCUGAAGGUCAUCGGCGUCCUGGUGCUUCUCUUUGUCCUCUUCCAGCUGCCGUACAGUGUCGUUCUGUUCCUGAAGACCACCGAUUGGCUAGGGAGCAAGCAGAUGAACUGUGCCGUCAGGGGAGCCAAGCACGUGGCAGAGGACGUGACCCGCAGCCUGGCGUUUAUCCGCUGCUGCCUCAACCCGCUCCUCUAUGGGUUCGUGGGGGUGAAGUUCCGUAACGACGUCCUGCUGCUCCUCAGGGAUCUCAGGUGUCUGAGCCGGACCCAAUACAGCUGUUCUGCCAGGAGCCCUCCAAGCAGCAGCAACAGGCUUUCAUUCGUCUCCAACGGCAAUACAUCGUCGUCUUCCAUGUUCUCUCUGUAGUUUUCAGCACUUUGUUGUGGGGCUGUGCUGAUACUCACACUCGGAAUUGCCUAUCACAGGUCCAUUCAUUAAUGUGUUGAUUUCAAAACAAGAAAAGCCGUCCUUCCCUCAUCUUUAUAACUGAGUACCAAAUGUUUGGUGACUGUGUAUACAGUAUAUGUAGGGCUUCUGAUCUGAUUUUCAGUUUUACCUAAUAAAAACCCAUAAAACGCCCCUGAUGCAAAACAAAUUAAAUCCGUGUACAGCCAAUAAAAACUGGAAAAACACUGGAAAUGGUUAUUCAGUAUUGACCACCCCUAUCCUAUUUAAAAAAAAAAAAAAAAAAUCAAAGACAAACUACCUUUUCCAGUGCAGCUGGACAAUGUCCCUCCUUCCUUCCUUGUUUCUAUCAUUAGUUCGUUCUGACUACUAAAUACAACUACUGAGUGAUUCCCACAUUUCUAUUGGAGACUCAGCUCGUGAGAUUUAAAACGAGAUUACAAUUCGAAAUCUUGUUCACUGGAAUUUAAAACGAUAUUACAGUUAGAUAGAGAGAAUUUAAAACAGAAUGUAAAAAAAAUGCCUAGACACGCUCUAACCCUAGAAGAAUAUGCCCGUCACCAGAAGAAUUUUUUGUUGCGGAAGACAGCACAGGAAAGAAGGUACAAUUGAAGUGUGCAAGUACUGCCAGUUACUAUACAUAUUGUGACAGUAAAAAAAAAAAAAA